CCUCGCCGGGCGGCCGGGCCCGCGUCCGUCUGUCAGUCUGUCCGUCCGUCCCGUCCCGUCCCGCCGCCGGCCAUGAGCUCCACGCAGUUCAACAAGGGCCCCUCCUAUGGGCUGUCCGCCGAGGUCAAGAACCGGCUCCUGUCCAAGUACGACCCGCAGAAGGAGGCAGAGCUCCGCAGCUGGAUCGAGAGACUCACUGGCCUGUCCAUCGGCGCCGACUUUCAGAAGGGCCUGAAGGAUGGGGUGAUCUUGUGCACAUUGAUGAAUAAAUUACAGCCCGGCUCAGUCCCCAAGAUCAAUCGCUCCAUGCAGAACUGGCAUCAGCUGGAGAACCUUUCCAACUUCAUCAAAGCCAUGGCGAGCUACGGCAUGAACCCGGUGGACCUGUUCGAGGCCAAUGACCUGUUUGAGAGCGGCAACAUGACGCAGGUGCAGGUGUCUCUCCUCGCCCUGGCGGGGAAGGCCAAGACCAAGGGCCUGCAGAGUGACGUGGACAUUGGUGUCAAGUACUCGGAGAAGCAGGAGCGGAACUUUGACGACGCCACCAUGAAGGCGGGCCAGUGCGUCAUCGGGCUCCAGAUGGGCACCAACAAGUGUGCCAGCCAGUCGGGGAUGACAGCGUAUGGCACCAGAAGGCACCUUUAUGACCCAAAGAACCACAUCCUGCCCCCCAUGGACCACUCAACCAUCAGCCUGCAAAUGGGCACCAACAAGUGUGCCAGCCAGGUGGGCAUGACGGCUCCUGGCACCCGGCGUCACAUCUAUGACACCAAGCUGGGCACCGACAAGUGUGACAACUCCUCCAUGUCCCUGCAGAUGGGCUACACGCAGGGCGCCAACCAGAGCGGACAGGUGUUUGGGCUGGGCCGGCAGAUCUACGACCCCAAGUACUGCCCACAAGGUCCCGCGGCCGACGGGGCUGCCCCGGCCGGUGACUGCCCAAGCCCGGGCGACGCCCCUGAGUACCCCUCCUACUACCAAGAGGCAGCAGACUACUGAGGCAUCCGGCUGGGGGGAGGGAGUGUCUCCCCACACCUGACUUCCUCCUCUGGGUUUUUCUGGGGUUCCUCCUUUUUUCUUUUUCUCUUAUUUUCUAUUAUUUUUUAAAUUUUUUGGUUUUGGGGCCACAUCUGACUGUGCUCUGAGUUUACUCCUGGCUCGGUGCUCAGAGAUUGCUCCUGGCGGGGCUCAAGGGGACCAUAUGGGGUGCCGGGGAAUGAACGGGGUCAGCUGUGUACAGGGCAACCAACCCUUCCUGCUGUCCUAUGGCUCCGCUCCCUUCUCUCUCUCUCUCUCUCUCUUUUUUUGUGUGUGUGUGUAUUCGUGCUGCUGCAUGGGGUAUCUGGUGCAGGGAAGCCAUAUCUAGGGAUUCAGGCAUGCUGGGAUGCCAGGCGGGGAAUCCAGACAAGACUAGGCAGCAAAUUUCUCAGCAGGCUCUGGGGUGAGGUGGCUGUGGGGAGGGUGAUGAUAGAUGUGCCCACCCCCAAACGGUUUCCUUUUGCUUCUCCCCAUCUUCCCUUUUCUUAGCCGAACAGUUAGUGGUUUCUGCACCCACAGAGGUUUCAAGCAGUGAAACAAAAGAAAAAAUGUUUUCUGCAGAAGUGGGUGAUGAUAAGGAAGGGGAACAGAUCCCUGAAUUUUUUGGGGGGUUGUGUUUUGAAGAACCCUCAGAUCACGUCCCCUGGUCCCUGAAAGCCUCAUUGGUACAACAGAGUUUCUAGUAGUUGAAGCAAAGCCAGAUCCACCCCCUGCCCCCUGCCCGACUUGUCUUCACACCUGCCUCAACACUGCACAGGAUCUCCCACCAGGACCCCCCCAACGGGGACCAGCCCCCCAACUCCCACCAGGAGUCCUGGGACCAUGAGAUAAUGUGAAAUUACCAACUGUGGACCAAAGGCAAUAAAUAAAACAACCCGUUUUUUGGAAAA